AUUCAAAUAUUAAACUGGCAGUAACGUACUGUUUGAUUUUCAAACAUGCUCCAACCUUGAAUAUGUAAACCAAGAGGCAACGGUCAGGGGGAAAGACCCGACUCACGAUGCUGCCGAAUGUCGAGGAAGGAACAGAAGCUGCUGGUUUACACCACAGAUAAGACACAAAUGCUGGAGUAACUCUGCGGGACAGGCUUCAUCUCUGGAGAAGAGGAAUGGGUGAUGUCUGAAGAUGGGUUUCGGGCCGAAACGUUGCCUAUUUCCUUCGCUCCAUGGAUGCUGCUGCACCCGCUGGGUUUCUCCAGCACUUUUGUCUACCUAGGAAUGGGUGACGUUUCGGUUCGAGAACCUUCUUCAGACCAAAGAUUAUAGAGGAGCUCUUUGUCUUUGCUAUAAGAUCUUUGCUUCAGACUUCAGCAAAGAUCUUAUAGACUUCAGUGUGAAGAAGGGUUCCGACCCGGAAACAUCACACAUUCCUUCUCUCCAGACAAGCUGCGUUACUCCAGCAUUUAGUGUUUAUAUUAUAGUUGUACGAGACCGUGGCGUGUUCACGGUGCUCCGUCCGCGGGUGAAGCAGCGCUGCCGGGGCCUGGUCGAGGUGAGGUGAGGUGAGGCCCGUCGCCGCUCCGGGAAGUGAGGCAUCGCGUUGGCGGAAGUGGAUGGACAGGGAAAGAUGGCGGCGCCGAAGAGUGUUCCGCGGGAUGCGCAGGUUAUGGCUCAGAUUCUAAAGGAUAUGGGGAUCACGGAAUAUGAACCAAGAGUUAUUAAUCAAAUGUUGGAAUUUACUUAUCGGUAUGUUACCACAAUAUUGGAAGAUGCUAAAAUUUAUUCUAGUCACGCUAAAAAGGCAAGUGUUGAUGCUGAUGAUGUCAGGUUGGCUAUUCAGUGUCGAAUGGACCAUUCAUUUACAUCUCCACCUCCUAGAGAUUUUCUGCUGGAAAUUUCUCGACAGAAGAAUCAAAACCCACUACCAUUGAUAAAACCAUAUGCUGGACCCAGGCUACCUCCAGAUAGAUACUGUCUAACAGCACCGAACUACAAAUUGAAGUCACUACACAAGAAGAUGGCAUCAUCCGCUGGAAGAAUAACUGUACCAAGAUUAAGUGUUGGAGAUUGUGUAACCAGUCGACCCAGCACACCAACAUUGGGUACACAAUCGCAAACAUUGGCAGUUACAGCAAAAGUUGGAACGCCUGCAUCAUUAGCUGGACAGAGAUUUACAGUACAGAUCCCUUCUUCACAAGCUGCUGUUAAGCCAGCCACUUGGAUCUCUUCAUCAACUGCAGUCCAAAAUGUGCUGAUAAAUCAAUCUCUGAUUGGAUCAAAAAAUAUCCUUAUCACAACUAACAUGGUCUCAAACCCGAGUAGCACCACUGAGUUAAACCCAUUGAAACGGAAACAUGAAGAUGAUGAUGACUAUGAUGCUUCCUAAAAGUGGACAUAACCCAUCUUUCAAAAUUAUUUUCCAAAAUAAAGCCAAUAUUUUGACACUCUCAGUUGCUCAAGAUGAUCUGCCAAGGUCAGUUUGGGGUUGCUUGCAUUAAUUCAAGUUUGAAAAAUCUGAUGGGUAUGUACAGUAAUGCUAAGCGAAUGCAGUUCAUCUUGCCUGUGUAUAAAUUAAAAUAUGGUAUGGAUGCUACUCCUGUUUAAAUUAAAUAAAUGUGCCAUUACAGUACCAUCAUCAGCUGAAGUCUUGGUUCACAACUUGUCAUUAGCUUAUUUUGAAAAUGUUCUAUUUUUGUAGUCAUUUCUGUGUUUAAAUUAUUUUUAAUGUGGGACGUUGCCCUCAUUUAACUUAAUUAUUUCUACGCUUUGAUUUUUGAUUUUGUUCUUUUUGUGCAAUUUAUUAUUAUCUACAUUUUUAUGUCCAAAAAGUUUAAUAAAUUGGCAACAUUGCAACUAUCAAAUUCACUUUUGUCUACUUUGUAAAGUAAGUUUACAUUUAUACAAUUUUAAAGAAUCAUUUGCUCGUUCCAGUUAUAUUGUGAUUAUUAUUAAUAUUUUCCAGUGAAACAUUCUUUGUCAAACAAUCAUUUUUACUUGGAAAUGCAAUUUGUAUUCCAAAAUAUAUCUGAUGUAGUGUUUUAGAACUUAACAGAGGCUUGUUUCAUAUAACAUUGCAAUUAUUUUUGGUUUUCUAUUAAAAGCUACUUUGCUGUUCA